AUUCAGAAAGAGAGAGAGAGAGAGAAAACCAUCGAACCAAAAACAAAACAUAUCUUAUCCAUCUUUCUCCUCCCUUCCUCAAAUCGUCUUUCUCUCAAUGGGAACGUUCACGAGCUUACGAAAAGCCUAUGGAGCACUCAAGGAUUCCACCACCGUCGGUCUCGCUAAGGUCAACAGCGAAUUCAAGGAUUUAGAUAUUGCGAUCGUCAAGGCAACGAAUCAUGUAGAGUCUCCUCCCAAAGAACGUCACGUUCGUAAAAUAUUUUCGGCGACAUCUGCAAUACAACCACGAGCAGAUGUUGCUUACUGCAUUCAUGCAUUGUCAAAGAGACUAUCUAAAACUCGUACUUGGGUUGUUGCAAUGAAGGUGUUAAUAGUAAUCCACAGAACAUUAAGAGAAGGUGAUCCUACAUUUAGAGAAGAGCUUCUUAAUUACUCACAUAGAAGACAUAUUCUCAGAAUCUCUAACUUCAAAGAUGAUACAAGUCCUCUUGCUUGGGAUUGCUCUGCUUGGGUUAGAACCUACGCUCUCUUUCUUGAAGAGCGGCUUGAGUGUUACCGUGUUUUGAAGUAUGACAUAGAAGCAGAGCGUUUGCCAAAAGGUGGAGGUGCAGCUUCCAAGACGCAUAGGACAAGGAUGUUGUCUGGUGAAGAUCUGUUAGAACAGUUACCUGCGUUGCAACAGCUUCUUUACCGACUUAUUGGAUGUCAACCUGAAGGAGCAGCUUAUAGCAACUAUCUUAUCCAGUAUGCUCUUGCAUUGGUCCUCAAAGAAAGCUUCAAAAUCUAUUGUGCUAUUAAUGAUGGAAUCAUCAACCUUGUAGACAUGUUCUUUGAGAUGACAAGACAUGAUGCAGUUAAAGCUUUAAACAUAUACAAACGAGCUGGUCAACAGGCUGAAAAUCUGGCUGAGUUCUAUGAUUACUGCAAAGGGCUAGAACUCGCUAGGAACUUUCAGUUCCCUACCUUAAGACAGCCUCCUCCAUCUUUUCUUGCAACAAUGGAAGAGUACAUCAAAGAAGCACCUCAGAGUGGUUCUGUACAGAAAAAACUGGAGUAUGAGGAAAAAGAAGAGGAACCAGAACCACAAGAAGAAGAACAGCCUGAAGAACCUGCAGUAGACGAAAACCAAAACACCGAAACUGAUCAGCCUCUUGUUGAAGAAGAGGAAGAAGAACCUAAAGAGGAGAAAGAAGAGGAAGAAGUUAAACCUUCACCACUGAUAGACACUGACGACUUAUUGGGCUUAAAUGAAAUAAACCCACAAGCCGCAGAGAUUGAAGAGAGAAACGCAUUGGCUCUUGCUAUUUAUCCACCAGGACAUGAAACUUCAGGCCCUUCUAAUAGUCUAAGCUUGAUAGAAGCUGGAGGAAGUGGUUGGGAGCUUGCAUUAGUCACACCACAAAACAGCAACAAUAACAAUAAUCCUCAUCCCAAAAUAGCAACAAAACUCGGAGGAGGAUUUGACAAUCUUCUACUAGAUAGUCUCUAUGAAGACGAUACAGCAAGAAGACAGAUCCAGUUAACCAAUGCUGGUUACGGAUUUGGAGCCACGGCUACACACGGAGAACCACACUCAUCUAACCCGAACCCGUUUGGGAUGCAACAUGAUCCUUUUGCAAUGUCUAGUAACAUGGCUCCACCAACAAAUGUUCAAAUGGCAAUGCAACAACAGCAAAUGAUGAUGAUGAAUAAUAAUCAAAAUCCAUAUAACAACAGCAACAACUAUUCACCUUAUUAUCAACAACAACAACAACAUCACUUCUCAUCAAAUCCUUCAGCUUCUGCUAACCCUUUUGGUGAUACUUUCCUUGCUCUACCAGCUCCUCCUUCAUCUUCUUCUCAGCAGCAACACAACAAUCAUAUGCUCCUUUAGGAAAGGUCAUCUCAAUAACUUGUCUCUGGUCUUCUAACGUCUAUUUAAUUCAGCUUAUAUAUUUAUUAUUCUUUAAUUAUUCUAUAGUAUAAGACGUUCUAUAUUGUUGGGACUUUCUUCUCUUUCUCCCUUAAAUUUUUAAUAUUUAUUACAGCGUAAUAUUCG